AUGAUGCAUGGUCAUUGUGAGAAUUUGAAUCCUAAGAAUGUUUGUAUGGAAAAGAAUUUUGUGUGUAAAAAAAAAUAUCCGAGAGAUUACGUUGAAAAUACUUCUUUGGGUAAUGAUUCCUACCCACUUUACAAGCGUAGCAAUGAUGGUGUAAGUGUUAAAGUAAGAGGGUGUAUGUUGGAUAAUAGAUGGGUUGUACUAUAUAAUCCUUACAUUUUAGCUAAAUAUGAUUGUCACAUUAAUGUAGAUGUAUAUUCUUCUGUUAAAGCUGUUAAAUAUCUAUACAAGUAUGUAUAUAAGAGACAUGACCACAUUCAUUUUACUUUAAAUAAAGAAACAAAUGAACAAUUCGUUGAUGAGAUUUCAAACUACCAAACAACUAGAUGGAUAUCUCCACCUGAAGCUAUGUGGAGGAUAUUUAGAUUUGAUUUAUUUGAUAUAUCUCCUACGGUAAUCUCUUUACAGUUACAUACUAAAGAUGCUCAAACGGUUACAUACAAGGAGACAAAUGAUUUGUCAAAGGUUAUAAAUAAGGAUUUUGUUCACCGAACAAUAAAAAGCAAAAAUAUUAUUGGUAGAAUAGUCCGUGCUAAUUCAUGUGAAGGUGAGAUGUAUUUUUUAAGAGUUUUGUUAAAUCAUAUUAGAGGGUCAAAAUCUUUUGAAGAUUUAAAAAUAGUCAAUAGUAUUGUUUUAUCUACUUAUUAUGAAGCAGCACUUUCCCAUAGUCUUCUUAGUAGAAAUAGCUAUUCUAAUACAGAGCCAAGAAAUUUAUGGGAUAAAUUUAAGAAUUUUAUAAUAGAAGAUUAUUUACAUAAAGGUUUCACACAACAAAGUGUUAAGAUGAAAGCUUUACACUGUAUAAAUUCUUUCUUAGAAGGUGUUAGUAAGAAUAUAAUUGAUUUUUGUUUGGUAGAUUUUGAUUUAACUGUGAAUGAUGAUGAUAUCUUUGAAACCAUGAUUGCCGAAGAAAUAACUAAUAUUAAUUUUCAGUCAAACAUACAUUAUAGUGAGAGUUUAAUAAAGAGCAACAAAAUGCCUAUGAUAUUAUUUUGGAUUGUGUUUUAA